CCGAGACCAGGAAGUGAGUGCUGACCAUGUUGACCCAGCUCGGCGGGCGCUCGAGCUUUCCGGUAGCCUGCUCCAUGUGAUUAAAAACAUGCUAAUAACGCUGUGCUACGUCUACUUGUGGGUACGCUUCCAGAAGUGUUACACGCUGGUGAUUCGCAGCGCCGUGCGGAGGCUCUGCGGCAGCCGGGUCGGCUUCGCGUUUUGCACAGUGAAGCCGGGGGCGCCUCACGGGGGACAUGAUACACCCGUCCACAGGCUGAACAGCGCCAGGCGACCCAUCUCCGAGCAGCCAGAAGACACAGUGCUCCUGAAACGGGGGAACAAAGUGGUGUACGUAACGGAGCCGCAGGCUUGUGACUUCAGCAAGUGGACUGUGCCAUUGGGCUCCUCUCUGCUGGCGACUCCAAAGACUGAAAACAGCGAAAAUAUUGCUUUCCUCAUAGAGGCAACUUCAGAGCAAGGAGUUGCCAUAAAGCAUUAUACCUCAUCAAACAAUAAAACGCUGAGGUGGUCAGAUUACUGCCUGCCCCUGGCCCUCAGUCCUGGACAGCCAUUCCGGGCCGUGGCAGAGGCCAGUAUUGACAAUUUCAGCCACCUGGGAGUGGCCUUCAUGGAAGACCGGCUGCACUUGGACAACGGGCUUAUUCCAGAAAAAAUCGUUUCUGUCCUGCUCAGGGAAUCUGCAUUUGAAGAACUUGUUGAGAAUCAAAAGUUGGACUUGAAUAAGCAGAAAGACCUCCUCUUGAAUAGCGCUACAGAAGAAACCCCACUGUCACAGCACAUACCAUAUGAGAGGAGGAAAGUGCCAGAGGUAGGAGAAACGAACGGCGCAGAGCAGGCAUGUGAUGAGCUACAAAUUGCCCCUGAGCUGGAGAUACAAGAGAGUAACCCUGGGGACCAAGAAGUCUCAGAGAAAUCUGGAGCAGUCACGGACCACCACACAGAAGACUACCACAUGGAGGGUCGUCAUCUACACCUCUCCAGCUGCCAUGAGUGUCUGGAGCUGGAGAACAGCACCAUCCUCUCAGUGAAGUUUGCCUCAGCAGAGGACAUCCCCGACCUUCCAGAUGACUACGAAUCUGGGAGGGAUGGGGUUGAGGAGGAGUGGGGAGAAGAGGAGAGCUUUGUGCUUCGGACCAAGAGGGCCAACCCUGGUGGCAAGCCCCCCAAUGUGCUGGUGUACACGGGAGGCUGCGAGCGGCGGUUUGAUCGCGUGCAUGCUCUUCUGGCUGAGUGUGUUGACACGGACAGCUACACCGUGUACCAUCUGCGGCCCCCGAAAGCCCUCAGUGAGCCCUGGCUGAACAGUGCCUUGCUCUUGGUGCUGGCGUCUGAUGAGCCUCUGGCCCCUCAGCUCUGUGAUCGAAUCCUCGCCUACCUGCGGCUUGGCGGAAAGAUGUUGAGCCUUUGCUCCUCCUUCUGCCCUGCAGGUCUGGAGCUGGCACCCCGGGAUGCCCAGCAGGGCCGCAUUUGCAGGGUUAGCUUUACCAAGGCCAAUGCUACCGAACUUGAGCUUCAUGCUCUGGCCAGCAGCCAUGUAUUCGUGCAGCAGGAGGGUGGGCAGGCGGAGUACGAAGGCCAAGUGGAGCGAUGGGGAGAGCUGCAUGGGGACAGCAGGGACAUGGUCAUUGUCAGGGUGACACAUGGCAAAGAUGGCGGGGAGGCUGUGCUGUGUCAGGUGCAGUUGGAUGUGGCUCCAGACUCCCAGGAUAUUCAGAGUCUGCAGGAUUUUGAAAAGCUCAAAGUGAGCAAUGCGCUGCGCUAUGAAGUGCUGACAGAGAUCCUGAGCUCCCUGGGACUAAGGUGUGAGCUGAGCCAGGUGCCCCCACUCAGCCCAGUAUACCUCCUCUCUGCUUCACAGGAGUCCCAGGACACCUUCCUGCAAUGGCUAAGGAUGCAGGUGGACGGGGAGGGCGUGCUGAGGUCCAGCAAACUCUCGCUGAAAGCGGUUUCAUGUGCGGAGGCCCAGGCGCCAUUACCGGAGGGCACGCUGGCCCUGGUCACCGAUCCCCCAGAGGUCCUCUCGGAGCAGUUCAGUCUGCAGACCUACAGCCUGCACCUGCACAGCCGAGUCCUGGGCCGCAGCCUGCUGUUCGCCGAGACCACGUCCACCACCAUGGACCUGCUGGAAGGGUUGAUGCUCCGCUUACCUGGGGAAGUGGGGUUAAUAGCUAUCGCUGCUCGACAGACCAAGGGCAGAGGUCGCGGGGGCAACGCUUGGCUGAGCCCAUCAGGCUGCGCCAUGUUCACAGCACACGUGCGCGUGGAAAUCAGCUCACACCUGGGCCAGAGGAUCGCCUUCCUGCAACACCUGGCUGCUCUCGCGGUCGUGGAGGCCGUGCGCACCCUGCCUGGCUACGAGGACAUAGACCUGAGGGUGAAGUGGCCAAAUGACAUUUACUACAGUAAUGUGAUGAAAUUGGGUGGAGUGCUGGUUAAUUCCACAGUAAUGGGGUCGACGUUCCACCUGCUUGUGGGCUGCGGGUUCAACGUGGACAACAGCAACCCCACCAUCUGCAUCAAUGACUUAGUGGCCCAGCACAACCGGCAGUGGGGGUCCACGCUGGAGCUCUUCAGCACAUCCCAGCUGAUUGCCCGCAGCAUCUCUAAGCUGGAGAAGCUCAUCGACACCUUCCAGGACAUGGGGCCCCACGGAGUCUUGCCCCUCUACUAUAAGAGAUGGGUGCACAGCGGCACGCAGGUUCGCCUUUGGAGCGAGGAUGGGCCGCUGGCUGAUGUGGUGGGGCUAGACGAACACGGCUUUCUGCAAGUGCGUUCCGGCGAGCAAGGUGUGGUCUCCGUGCAGCCUGAUGGCAACUCCUUCGACAUGCUGAAGAACCUUGUGGUCACCAAGCAACACUGAGCUGGACUUGCCGGGCCUCCUCUGAGCACACAUCCCACCAUGGAGCACUUAUCUGCUAGCAGAAAACAGCACUUCUUUGUAUACAUUUUUUACUUUUUGAAGAGGGUUCAGUUAAACAUGUGCUCUGAACAUAGAAUGAUGUCUGUGUCACAUCACAGGAUCCAAAUAAAGAUUUUUUUCUGGGAACAUUAGCUGUUGACAUGCUGUGGAGCAGGUUGUACAUAAAGACAUUUGCUAACAAAGAGUUUCUUUAGUUUUCUCUAGCUGGACACAUUUGAAAUUUCUUGGGGACCAAUAAAGUUUGUUUUAUUGUUGGUUAUUAAAGUAUUGAUAAUGAUGGCCCAAGUUAAUUAUUGACACUGAAAAGUAUGCAGUGAAAUAUUGAAGGACUUUUUUUGACUUGUGUGUAAAGCACAGUGGACAUGCUUGACUAAACAUUGUGUUGACUUAAUUUGAAUGCGAUUUGAAUUUAUUUACUUCUGAAGGCAACUGGUGUAUUGGUUUGUAGUGGUCAGACAGGCUGGGAUAGUGCCUUUUACACAGCUGCCUGUGGUGUUUUUCAUAAGAAUAUUUCAAGGCUAUUACAUGUCAGACAUCUUUGAUUGGAAACAAACAAAAGACUUUCUGAGAAGUAUUCCCGAUGUUACAGACAGAGUCGCAAAGCGUUUGUCAGAUAUGUCCACAAAGUGCGAGAUGUUGUAAUGCACUGCCAGAAAGCUGCCCUAAAUCCAAAACAAAGGAUAUUUUCGAGAUGUAAAUAAAUUUCAAUGACAUUUGUAGAUCUCAGUGACAAAAAUCAGUGGGUAAAGUAACAUUUUUUAGCAGGAAUGUUUGCGGAGAAAAAAAGUUGGGCUUUUCUUCGGCUUGCACAAAAGCAUGUGGAACCACACCGUAUAUUCAUCUAUUGCUAAAAACUCUUUUCCAUUCUGCACUUUGUUCUUUAUAUAAAUUGGAUCUUAUAGGAUUUGUAAGAGUUUGAAUUUAUGUGCUAUAUUUUCAGAUUUGCCAAAUCGCAUGUUGUGUUUUUUGAUGUUAAUUAAAGUGAAAGGGAAAUGUUUUGCGGAAUAAAUGUUGUUAUUAGUGCUCGGAUCACUAUGGGGUCCUUACACACCUCCUGAACUGCAUCUACUGGCUUAUGAACCUAUCAUUGCAGACUAGGUCUUAACUAUAGACAGCUAUAAUAUAUACACAAAAUGACAAAACUCCAUCAUUUUGUAAACAAAGGAAG